GCAAUCUCAUCAUACAGGAAUAAUAAAAAAAUCCUUUGGAAUCCGACCCAAAAAGGGGGAAAGUCUCCUGCUUCCUUUUUACUCUCCUCUCCUCCUCUGCUUCAGCCUGCUCCCCAUGAGUGUGACCAACUCCUCUGCUUAUCGGUCGGAGCGAAGUUUCCACCAGACCUCAUCUUCAUCCUCCUCUUCAAGUAAUCCAUACAUGGAGAAAAGCCGGGGACUGUUUGCCGAGGAUUUUGGCUCCUUCAUGAGACCUGGGAGUGACACCAUGGGCUUCUCCAGUGGCGAGGGGAACAUAAAGACUCUUGGGGAUUCGUACGAGUUCACUGUGGAUGUCCGGGACUUUUCCCCAGAGGACGUCAUCGUCACCACAUCCAACAACCAGAUCGAAGUUCGUGCUGAAAAGUUGGCCCAGGACGGUUCAGUGAUGAACACAUUCACCCACAAGUGCCAGCUCCCUGAAGACGUGGAUCCCACUUCUGUGACGUCAUCGCUGGGCACAGAGGGGACCCUCACGGUCCGAGCACGACGGCACCCGGCCAAGCACGAGCUCACACAGACCUUCCGCACGGAAAUCAAGAUCUAGAGCUCAACUGACUCCUGAAUUUGUGUUUGGUUUUUUUUAAGUGUUUAUGUGUCUUCACCGAUGAGCUUUAGAUUUAACACGUUAUGUACAUCUCCACUCUGUAUUUAUCAAUGUUUGUGGAGAACAAUCACCAGCCAAAGAUGCCAUAAAAUCACUACCUAAGUGAAGAAGUACAGUUUAGGUCCAUUUAGGUUCCAUAUUUAGAAGAAUUUAUUGCACUUUCAUUUGCUGGUACAGCCUCUUGAACGACUAGAAUGGCCCAUUGUGUCGUGUUUUAUACCCCUGAUCUAAUUCUAAUUCAGUUUUAGUCAAUUCAUUUUGGUUAAAGAAUCGAUCCUGCUUUAUCAAUAAACAAAAGGUUUGUGAUCCUGGACUUAUUUAUGUUGUUUACAAAGGCUAUAAAAUGAUUCA